UCACACCACAGCCCUGCGUAAUAUCUCUUCAUAAAUGUGCACCUUUCUGCAUCUUACUCGACUCCAUAUUAAUCGAAAACAUGAAGAGCACCUCAAGGUUUCCGGUGGUGAUGGUUCUUCUCCUUCUCUGUGGUUUAAUGCUUAUGGGUGAGACAAGCGCAAGGGAACUGGCGGAGGCGUGCCCUCUUUUCUGCCUGCAAGUGGAUUACAUGACUUGCGCCACUUCCGGCGACCAAAGGCUGAAAGGUUCCUGCAACUGUUGCUUAGCUCCUAAGAACUGCACCCUCCAUCUCACCAAUGGCAACAACAUCUACUGCAACUGAUCGAAUUAAAUAACUUGAACUUUUACAUUAUUACAUAUAUGUAGUAUUUAUAAUUAUAUAUACAUAAGAUAUAUGCAUGCUUGCUUGGUGUAAUUGCAAGCAGUAGCCAAGGUAAUUAAUCAAUAAAUUUGGCAACGAAUGAUCUAUUUGCUAGUUACCCUUAUGAUCGAUGAUCAGUAAAUAAAUCCUACCUUGCUCAUCGCAUGAUGCAGCUGGGUACUCUUUCAUUGUGUGA